AUGUGGCGCGAUCGCACCAAUCUUUACAUAUCAUACCGGCAGUCCUACGCACACCACCCUGCGAAGAAACCGAAGUAUACGGCUUCAGCGUCUGGAAAUGGAUACAAUGACAGUUUCAUUGGAGGGGGCUCUUCGGAGCGGCAAGGACUUAUGUCCGCGGGCGCAUUCGAGGAUGAUGGAGACGCCGUGAUAGAGAUGGAUCUACUACCGCCGCGGUGGGCCGAUAUCAGUGAUGAAGUUACAGAAUAUCUGACAGAUAUCGCAAGCAAGAGUAGCAAGCUGGAAAAGCUGCACCAGAAACAUGUACUACCCGGAUUUGAUGACGAGGAAGCGAAGAGAAGAGAGGAGUCGGAGAUAGAAUACCUGACCCAGGAUAUCACAAAAGGAUUUCACGAUUGUCAGAAAGCAAUACAGAGGGUCGAAAUGCUAGUACGAGAAGCUCAAAAUUCUGGGGGCAUCAGCAAGGGAGAAGAGACAAUGGCUAGGAACAUUCAGAUAUCUUUAGCGGGGAGAGUACAAGAGGCCAGCGCUGGAUUUAGGAAGAAGCAAAGUGCUUAUCUAAAGAAGCUUCGUGGCCUUAGUGGAAUGAAUCCACCAAUUGAUCGUGCAUCAACGCCCUUGUACAACAAUUACAACGAUCCAUCACUAAUGGAAUCCGACGCCGACAAGUCGUACUCGGAAUCGGCCCUUCAAAUGACCGCUCAGAAACAAUUGACCUCGAACGACGCCGCCAUCAUGCAACGCGAACGAGAAAUCAUGGACAUCGCCCAGGGUAUCAUUGAAUUGGCAGACAUAUUCAAGGAGUUGCAAAGCAUGAUCAUCGACCAAGGAACGAUGUUAGAUCGAAUAGAUUACAACGUAGAACGAAUGGCUACGGAUGUGAAGGCUGCGGAUAAGGAGUUAAAGGUUGCUUCGGGAUACCAGAAAAAGGGCACGAAACGGAGGAUUAUAUUUUUAUUGAUUUUGUUAAUCGUGGGCAUGAUUAUACUCUUGGUUGUUAAGCCAAGGAAGAGCGAACAACCACCGCCUCCACCUGUAGAAGUAGAUGAGCCGCAUGUACCACCACCAUGA